AUGGAUGUUGUUAAUGACAUAUCGUUUGAAAAAGUAUUUAAAAUUGAAAAACAUGAUCCGGAGGACUCAGAAAUUGACAAUGUUACGGAGGAACAUAAUUAUCCUGAUGAUACGAAUAAUAUGAGUGCUCCAGAAAGUGUUUUUAUAAAUAUUGAUCUUCCAGUCAGCAUAAAAGCAGAGGAGCCUGAUAAUGAGGAAGCUGCGGAUCCACUGGCAGGAGUUACCGAAACACAGGCUGAGGAAUCAUCGACGGGUUCAAACUUGAAAGGAUUAUUAGACAGCAAUUCGACUAACUAUUCUCUAGAUAGCAAUCAGUAUACAUUGAUUGCUAAUGAAAAUUUAAUUUUAAUAAAAGAUGAAUACGACAGCUCACCUGAGGUAAUCAGUGAUGUCAAAUUAACGAAUGUAAAAUCAUCAAAGAGGCCAAAAGUUACUCAGAAAAAGGAAAGACAGUCUCGUAGUAAAAAGAAACGAAGUUCAAAACCUGCAAAAAAAAAAGCUAAACUUUUGAAAUGCGACAGGUGUCCUGCUCUAUUUGACUACAAUAGUAACCUUGAAAGACAUAGGCGAACUCACUCACCGAAAAAACCAUACACUUGCGACAUUUGUGGAACAAAAUUUGCUUGGAAACGUAAUUUAAAAGGUCAUAUAUUUUUACAUUCUGGAGAGCGACCUUUCAAAUGUAAGACAUGCUCGAAAACAUUCAACAAUAAAAAUACACUGGAAAGACAUAUGAUUAUUCACUUAGGUGUUAGACCACACAAAUGCAAAAUAUGUCCAGCAGGAUUUGAUUCUAAAAGCAAUUUAACGAGACACAUUCGCUCUCAUACAGGUGAAAAACCAUUCCAAUGUGAAAUCUGUUUAGCAAAGUUUACAGAGAAGCGGAAUUUGCAGAAUCAUUUAUUAAUUCAUUCAGGAGAAAAACCGUGGCAGUGUAAUGCAUGUCCGUUAAGAUUCAGUCAGAAGGCGUACUUGAGAAAACACCAAAUGUACCACAUAAGUAAAAACGUUCUGGAGUGCGACGUCUGUUCGAUGACAUUCGAAACAAAACGCAGUCUAUCUAGGCAUAUGACGAUUCACGCAACCGACAGGAAGUUUGAAUGUGAUAUGUGUUUAGCAAGAUUCAUUAAAAAACGUGAACUGACCAAUCAUAUAAUGGCUCACACAGGGGACAAACCAUGGCACUGUGAGAUUUGCCCAGCAAAAUUUAGUCAGAAGUUGUAUUUAAAAAACCAUAAAAUUGUUCAUGCAGAACAAUUACCAUUUGAGUGUAAGACUUGCUCUGAAAGAUUUGAUACGGAAGACAAUCUUUCAGAGCACAAAAAAUCUCAUUCGAAAAAUUUAUGGCAAUGUACAAUUUGUAAUAAAAAAUUUACGUGGAAACAUCAUCUUGAGAAACACCUACUAACACAUACCAGGGCACGACGGUACAGGUGUCCAACGUGUCCAGCAGCGUUUGGUUCUAAUAGUAAUCUCACUAGACAUAUUCGCUCUCAUACAGGCGAGAAACCAUUCCAAUGUGAAAUUUGCGAAGCAAGAUUUAGUGAGAAACGUAAUCUCCAAAAUCAUAUUAAUACCCAUACAGGAGAAAAGCCGUGGCAGUGUGACGAUUGUCCAGCGAAAUUUGGAUCCAGGUCCACAUUGACCAAGCACCAGCAGCUGCAUAAGCAACCACUUUUAUUUUCAUGUGACCACUGCUCACAAAAAUUUGUUUCAAAACGGAAGCUCAUCAAACAUAUAUUAACCCAUGCGGACAAUUGGCCAUUUCAAUGUGAAAUUUGUUCAGCAAGAUUCACCGGGAAAAGGAGUAUGUAUUUUCACUCUCUGACUCACACAGGUGAAAAACCGUGGGAGUGUGAAAUUUGUUUUGCUAAAUUUGCUCAAAAAGCUUAUUUAACAAGACAUAAACUUACUCACAUAGAUAUGCUAUCAUACAAGUGUCCUCACUGUUCAGAGCGAUUUCAUUCGGUAGAAAAUCUUAAUGAACAUAUACCAAUUCACAUGGCUCCUAAAAUGGUUAUACAGUGUGAAUUAUGUUCAGCAACGUUUCGCGAAGUACGGAAUUUAAACAAUCAUAUGGUACUUCAUUCUCAAGGAGAAGAACCUUGGAGAUGUGAAAUUUGUUCAACAGGUUUUAGAUGGAAGUUUGAUUUAGAUAAACAUAAACUUGACCAUUCUGAAAAAGAGAGUUCUGAGGAAUACGGAGUCGACGAUCUGGAAAAUGAUUUUACAUACCACUAUGCUCAAUUAAAAAAUAUUUCGGAUCCCUUAACCAGUGAUUCUAAAAUAGAGGCCCCUGACAAUCUUUCAGAUAAUGAAAAUUCAUAUUUUGAAUUAACAUCUGAUACGAAAAAUGAAAAUUCAACUUUGGGUGAUUUGUCGAAUUCCGUAGAUAAUGAAUUAGAUGAUGAUGAUGUUAUAAUUGAAAUGGAGUAUUUUAAUUCAUCAAAAGAGAUACAUAGCAAUAAAAAUCCUAAUUACGUUGACCUUGAACAGUAUUCACCUCUUAAUGAUAAAAAAAAGUUGCCGUCAAUAAAAAAUGAGCCUAGUAAAUCUUCAGACGUUUCUGGUGAUAUAAAAAUAUUAGACGUAAGAUCUUUGAGUGAACAGGAUAAUAAUUGGUCGCAAAAUGAAGAAAAUACUCAAGAAGAUGUUGAUUUAAUUGAAGACAAUGAUUGUAAAAUAGAGUUUGUAAGGACUAAUUGUGUAAAUGCACCUUUUCAAACUCUCAGAGCAGGAGAGCCGUGGACUUGUGGUAUCUGUUUUUCGGAAUUUGGUGAUAUUUCUCAGAUGUUAAAGCACAUGCGGACCCACAAAGGUGAUAAACUUUUUGAAUGUAGAACUUGUUUUGAAAGGUUCUCGAAUAAAAGAGAUUUAACCAAUCACAUGCAUAAUCAUGUUCAUGAGGCCUAUAGGUGUUAUAUCUGUUCAUUGAGUUUCACUAAAAAAUUUAAUUACAAUAAUCACAUGCGACUUCAUACUGCUGAGAAGGAGAAACAACCUUAUCGAUGUGAUAUCUGCUCGAUAAGAUUUUCUGAACGACGUCAUUUAACCAGUCAUUUAAGAACUCAUAAUGAUGAUAAACCAUUCCAGUGCGAAAUUUGCAGUUUGAAAUUCAAGUGGAAAUAUCUUUUAACCCGACACCGGCGAAUUCAUCCAGAAUAA